AUGCCGCAUAUGCGUCUUCACUAUGAAGCUGAAGUCAUUAACUACUGGAAGAGUCUGAUAGAGUAUGACGAACAAAUUACAGAAACGAAGAAGGCGAUCGCUCAACCACGUGAUGCGACUAUUUCAACUGUUGCUGAUAUGGCUAAUGGCGGCGAUGUUUCAAUCAUCUACAUAUUGUUACCAAUCUUCGCUGUGAUUUUUACUGUAUUGUUAGUGCGGUGUUUGGUUUAUUGGCGGAUUGCCGAAGAUCGGUCUAUCGGAGAUAGAAACGAGAAAAUGCCACUAAUCUCAUAA